AUGAACAAAGUGAUUCUGCUAACGUUUGUGGUGCUGUGUGUGGCCAGUUUCAUCGGCUACACUGCGGGAGCCCCGGGACGAAAGCGUGAUUCGUCGGAAGAGUCGAGCGAACGGCGAGUUGUGGAACGGGAUCGGAAACAGGAUCGUAAUUCGCCGGCAGCAGGCGAGUCGAACGAUGGUAGCAAACAACCGGCAGUGAAGGAGGGUGAAAAACGAGACAAGGACAGUGUGCCCGCUUCCGGUGUUGGUGACCGGAAGACAAAGCGUCCGCGACCUCCGCCGAGGAGGAGGUACAAGGGAAAGAACAGGAAUCGAUCGUCUACGACGACUAGCGCAACGUCUAGUGCCGGCUCUUCGACGACCACGACGCCGAUGCCAGCCGGUGCAAGUUCAACUACCGGAGCAGCCACGAGAUCAGUUUCUUCGACCACCGUUGCUGUUUCUUCACCGUCGACGACAACCCAAAGUACUACGUCCAGCUUGAAGUCUACAGCACUGCCUACAGCACCGUCGGCUGUGUCUACAACGGCCAGCACCACUACAACGGCCAGCGGCCCUUCGUCGACCGGCGCACCGAAAACCUCAACGGGAACAUCCACCAGCGCUCCAUCCUUUUCGACACCUUCCACUACCGGUGCUACGGGCAGUGGACCGGUUUCGCCCAACGCAAUAAGCUCAUCCACUCUGUAUCCCACCUUCACGACCACUCGCACUUAA